UUUGUUUGUUUGUUUUUGGUGAAAAUGGCGUCGGGGUCCGGAUGGCAGCCCCCGUACAGCAGCAGCGGCGGCGGCGGCGGCGGCGGCGGCAGCAGCGGCUCGUGCACCCCCGCCUCGAGCAGCAAGUACGUGCAGUCCCCCCCGGGUCUGGGCUCCGCGGCUCCGGGUUUGUUCUACGACGGGAGCGCGGCGCUGGAGUACACGUACACGCACGAGCUGCACCUCAAGAUGAGCAAGAAGAUCGCGCAGCUCACGAAGGUCAUUUACGCGCUGAACACCAAGAACGACGAGCACGAGGAGGAGAUCGAGUCGCUCAAAGAAGCUCACGAAGACGAGGUGCAGCACAUCGUGACGGAGACGCGGGAUAAGAUCAUGCAGUACAAGAGUAAGAUGGCGGACGAGGCGGACCUGAGGAGGAGGCUGGCCAGUCUGGAAGAGUCUGUGGAACUGCACGAGCACAUGAAGAGACAGGCUCUGGCGGAGUUUGAGAUGUACCGACAGCGGAUGGAGGACUCCCAGCUCUGCACCGAGGCACAGCACACGCAGAGAGUCGUGUCUAUGAGCAGAGAGGUGGAGGAGAUGCGUCGCGAUUUCGAGGAGAAGCUUCGCUCGUUCAGCCAGGCCCAGGCGCAGUUCGAGGCCGACAAGAGGCGAGCGCUGGAGGAUCUGAGGGCCACGCACAGACAGGAAGUGGAGGAUCUCAUCAACAAACACCAGGACCAGAGCGCCUCCUCCUCCGAAGACCAGGAGCGACUGGCCGAGCUGCACCGACAGGAGGUGGAUUCGUUGAUGGAGCGAGUGGAGGAACUGUCCAAAGACAAAGUCCGUUUGGUGGAGGAGUACGAGGCUAAACUGGGCAAAGCUCAGGAGUACUACGAGAGGGAACUGGAGGCAAUGAGACGGACGCACCAGCUCACCACAGAGAACCUGCUCGCCUGGAAGAGGACCGAGGUGGAGCUGCGUAAAGAGUUCCAGGCUCAGGAGGCGGCGCUGCAGAGGUCACUGUCCAAACUGAGGAGUGAACUUCAGAAAGCUCAAGAAGAAGCACGAGAAAACAGAGACAAAACCAACCGUCUGCAGACGUCACUCGCCAACGCAGAGGGAACCAUCAAGAAUCUGCACAAGCAGCUGGAGGAGGCGAUUCAGGACGGAGAAAUCUGGGUGAUGCAGCUCAAAGACACUGAGUACGAACUGGAAGUGAGCAGAGAGAGAGUCCAGCAGCAGUACUACACACAGCAGAGUCAGAUCGGGUCUCUCCAGGCCACACAAAUGUCCCACGAAGCCACGAUCCGAAACCUGGACCAGGAGCAGAGCCGCCUGAAGGACAAGAUCCGGAGUCUGGAGGGAGAGAGAGAAGCUCUGCUCAACCAGACCCAAGCGGCGAGCGAGCAGCACAAGCAACAAGUGCACAAACUAGAACAGUCUCUGCGUGAGGAGCACCAGGGCCACGAGAAGGAGCUGACGAGGCUCAGGGCUCACUUCGAGGAGGAGACGCGCAGGUUUAAGGACGCCCAGGUGAGGGCGCUGGAGGACCUGGAGGAGAAGCACCGCAGGCUGAGGGACGACGCACAGCAGGAGAAGGAGGAGGAGAAACAGCUGCUCAUCAAGAAAAUGAGUCAGGAGUUUGAGAUCAAGCGUUUGUCUCUGGAGGAGCAGAGGGACCGACUCCAACAGCAGCUGGACAAUCUGAAGGAGGAACUGUCCGCCAAACUCAACAUGGCCAAUCAGGAGGUGUCGCAUCUGCAGGAGAUGGUGCGAGAGGGCGAGCAGAACUUAAACUCGGCUCAGACUCAGAUUUCCUGUUUGAAAGAAACUCAAGAAAAACUGAGAAUCGAACUGGACGCGACGAGAGCCCGAGUCCGAGAGACGAGCAACCUCCUCACGGACCUCCAGGAGGAAAUCGAGACGCAGAAGCAGCAGCACGAGGCCAGAGUCAUGUCCAUCAGAACCGAGGAGAAACAGAAGAUGGACAAGAUGGCCGACGACCUGGACCAGAAGUGGAGAGACGCACUCAGGGAGGAGGUGCGUCUGCUCAGAGACGAGCUGAACGAGGAGUAUGAGGCCGACAAACAGGCGGCGCUGAACCAACUGUCCCAGCAGAAAGAACUGGAGCUGAUGGCGGCGCGGGAGUCAUGGCAACGGAAGGUGGAAGAUCUACUGGAACAGAUCUCGUUGUUGAAACAGUCUCUGGAGCUUCAGUUGUCUCAGUCUCAGGCGGCGCUGCAGCAGCUGCAGUCUCAGUUCAGCCAGGAGAGGGAGCUCCUCACGCAGCAGCUCAAAGAGAUGCAGCGGGAGCACCAGAGGAGAGAGCAUCGUUUACAGGAGGCUCACUGCUGCGCCCUGAGCACCAUGGAGGAGGCCCGGCAGCACCAGAUCAGGGCGUUGGAGGAGCGUCUGAAGCAGGAGCAGAGGGAGGAGGUUCACGCUCUGAAGGAGGCUCACAGACGAACGCUCGACAUCCUCAGACAACAGUCGGACCAGGAGCUGCAGACUCUUCGCUUCGAGCUGGAGGACGAGGGCAAAGCCAAACUGGCGUCUCUUCGCGCGGAGCUGAACCACAUCCACGCGACGGCGAUCGAGCAUUUAAAACAGAUCCACCUCAAAGAAAACUCGUCGGCCAAACGCGACCUGGAGAAGGCCAUCGAGCACAGCAGGCAGCAGGAGCAGGAGCUUUUGAUGCGCAUCUCCGAGCUCCAGUCCGAGGUCUGUUCCCGUAGCAACCGCAUCACGGACCUGGACCACGAGAUCCACUCCCUGAACGAGACCAUCGACACUCUGACGCGAGAGCUCGAGCACAAGGGCAAAGAGGUGCUCCGGGUCCGCAGCGAAGCAAACCACCAGAUCAGAGCUCAUGAACAGGACCUGACGAAGAGACACGAGCGAGACCUGGGGGAGAUCAGCGCCGCUCACCACCGGGAGGCGCAGUGCAUGUUGGCCGACUUCAACAAGGCCCAAGAGCUGCUCAAAGACAAGAUCUCCGCUCUGCAGAUCCUCUUGGAGGGAACCGAGGAGAAGCUGAGGAACAGGGAGAGUCGACCUGAAGAUCUCCACGUGAUCGCAGAGCUCAGAGAGAUGGUGACGGAGCGAGAGGCGCUGGUCAAGAAACUCGUGGACGAUAAGAAGUUCUACCAGCUGGAGUUGGUGAACAGAGAAACAGGGUUUGGGAAAGUGUUUAACGCCAGCGCCAACGUGGGAGUCAUUAACCCUCUGAUCAAAGUGAACGGAGGCCAGCAGUACACGAAGCCUUCCUGAAGCGAACGACGUGAACAGCGUGAAGUCCGAGCUCAAGGCGCUGGAAGCGGCUCCGCUCGACUCCGCCUACUUCACCUUCUGACACGAGCGCAAAAAAUAUCAGAAAACAGUCAAAAAAAUCCACAGCGCAGAGGAACAGAGGAACAGAGGACGAGACGGGGGAUAUAUACAUGUGUGUCUUUAUUUAUUUGAGUUUAAAUUUAAGUUUAUACCACAAAACCCGAGUAAAACAGCAAAAUUAUUUACAAUUCUUCUUCAUGGUUUGUUACUGUGGGAACAGAUCAGAUUUGAGUAACAAACUUUAUAAAUUCACCUUGAAACUUUGCAGCUGAUGUCACAUAUUCUUUCUCUGUCUGAAAUUCUGUGACUCAAAUUAGACUUAAAUUUGAGUUUUUUUUAACACAAUCUGAGCAGAAAGACCUGAUUUAACUACAACUACAACAGGUGAUCUCAUUUUUACUGUUAAAAAAGUCUCACACAUAAAAUUGUUACUACAAUUAUUACAAUUUUACUCAAGUUUUACCUUGAAAAUUCAGUUUUGUUCAUAAAUUUUUUUAAGUCUCUAAAAAACCAAGGAAAAUUAUCUUUAUUUAUUAUUAUUUGAAUAAAAUAAAACAAAUAUAUACAGGGUGUCCCAAGAUAUUUGACAUCAUCCAAACAUGUUCUUCCUCUUCUCCGGGGGCAUCAGUCUAAACAG